AUGUCUUCCAUUCCGCACAUAUUUGUCCUCUUCAUUCACAAAUCCUUGACAUUCAUUACAGGACUGUUUCACUCGUUCUUCAGCCUCUUUUCUCGUGGAAAGCGAGCGGCUGAGACCGAUACACCAAGAACCGAAGGCCAGAGCUUCUCUACUUUCGUUCAACUUGUCUCAUCCCAGAAGCCGAACCGGUUGAAGCCUUUCGUGCUGCCGCAGAAUGUCGUCCUCCGGCGGCUUGAAGACGCCAGAUGCAGGAUUACUGACCAAGAGAUCCCAUCGUCUACAAACUCCAGCGACCCAGAGCUUGGUCGUUGUAACGUCGUCAAUCUCCGGGGAUCUCCGCGACUGUCUCAUCCCCUAUCCGUUCGUUCGCAGUUGCCUAUGCCUUCAUUUUCUCCUCCCUCGUCCUACGCACUCCCGAAGCAUUCCCAUGAAUCUGUGUCCCGCAGCUCUUGGCCGCCAGUCUUUGACACACAGAUUCACUCCGGCAAGAACUCACUUCCGAGUCCCUAUGAUACAGAUCUGUCAACGUCCCUGUCAUCCGCUUCCCUCAAAGUAUGGACCAGCUCUCCUCAAGGAAAACAAUCUUUCUCGCCUACCCGCCCAAACUGCUCUUAUUCGCAGGGUGCAGGAGAGAACCGGUUCGCUUCUCCAUUCGGCGACCGAGGCAGCAUGUACUUUGCUCCAUACUUCCACGGUGUCCCCUCCAUCGCAUCUGCAGCCGAUCUAUUCGACUUCUCCGUCUAUGCCAGCUCCCCGCACGUCAACGUGGAAUGCUAUUCCACCAGUGAUCUUGCCCAUGAAACCAAGCGGCAGGAGAAACCGAGGUUCGCAGCCAAGAUCUCGACCGUAGUCUACGAUCCCGUCAUUCGAGAGGUCUUCACGCUUCGUCCCAGCCACGGCACGCGUAUCCCGGGACAUGGAGGACGCAACUUCAAGAAACUCGCUUCGUCCACACCCCCUGCGUCACCGAUCUCCUCCGUUUCAGAUUGGUCGCCGUCAGGUCUCUUCACUGCAAGUCUGGCUGGACACACGUCUUCCUCUUCUUGUGUCACGUCGCACGCAAGGUCGCUUUCGGCUUCAUGCAACUCCAGUCCUUGCGAUUUCUCUGCUGCUGAAAUCGGUGGGGUUCACCCUGGCUCCGUCCCACGAGUCCCUGUCUGGCCUAUAGGAUUGCCUAAGAAGAGCUUCGUUCCAGAUAGCGUAUCCUGUCCCGACAUCUCUAGUUCUAUCAGUCGCACCACCGCUGGUGAGGACGUGUUUGUGCUUCAUGAAUGUAUCCUCGUGACGAGCGGACGUCAGAUAUCGUUAGCAUUGAAAUUUAUGGGGUUGGAAAGCUAUGGAGGAGAUAGGCUCAGACUAGAGACGGGAAAACGCUCAAUCUUCGAUUGA